CUGGGGAUUGCAGUAUCCGCUGUUGCUGCUGCUCCCGUCCUGCCCCUGGCGGCUUACCUAGCCCUGCCUCACUGCAUCCCAGAAGAGCCGCCAGCCUGCCUUGCCUUACUGGAUUUUUUUUUUUUUAAAAAGCAGCUCUUUUGCUUUUUUUUUUUUUUUUGGGGUGCUGUAGGAGACCCUGCUUUUCAAUCACAUGGGAGAACACUGGCGCUUGUAAGAGGAGAAUCUGGCAGCUGGACACAGCUUGAACUGCAUUGUCUGUCUUCAUGACCCCUGCUGUGUGGCAGCUCAUCUCUUCUCUCACGCGCACACCCUCCUCCUCGCUUUUUCUCUCUCUCUCGCCGUGUUUUUUUUCCUGGUGGUGUUCUUCUAAUUUAUAAAAGCAGCCUCUCUGGAGCCAGCCAUGUUUGGCACUGAAUCUUCAUUGAGCAUGUUUUUGAACACAUUAACACCGAAGUUCUACGUGGCCCUGACAGGCACUUCCUCACUAAUAUCAGGGCUUAUUUUGAUAUUUGAGUGGUGGUAUUUUCGCAAGUAUGGGACAUCCUUCAUUGAACAAGUCUCAGUGAGCCACUUGCGCCCCCUUCUGGGAGGGGUUGACAACAACUCCUCCAACAAUUCCAACUCCAGUAACGGAGACUCAGAUGCCAACAGGCAAAGUGUCUCAGAAUGCAAAGUAUGGCGAAAUCCGCUAAAUUUAUUUCGAGGCGCAGAAUAUAAUCGGUAUACUUGGGUGACAGGACGAGAGCCCCUAACUUACUAUGACAUGAAUCUCUCUGCCCAGGACCAUCAGACAUUCUUUACUUGUGACUCAGACCAUCUGCGCCCAGCAGACGCAAUAAUGCAGAAAGCCUGGAGAGAAAGAAAUCCCCAAGCUAGGAUUUCUGCAGCUCACGAGGCCUUAGAGAUAAAUGAAAUUAGGUCCAGAGUUGAAGUUCCCCUAAUUGCUUCCUCUACCAUCUGGGAGAUAAAAUUGUUACCAAAGUGUGCCACUGCUUAUAUUCUCUUGGCUGAGGAGGAAGCAACGACCAUUGCUGAAGCAGAAAAGCUGUUUAAGCAGGCCCUGAAGGCUGGAGAUGGCUGUUAUCGGCGCUCUCAGCAGCUGCAGCAUCAUGGAUCCCAGUAUGAAGCCCAACACAGACGAGACACCAAUGUCUUGGUCUACAUCAAAAGAAGGCUAGCAAUGUGUGCCAGAAGACUCGGGAGGACAAGGGAAGCAGUGAAAAUGAUGAGAGAUUUGAUGAAGGAGUUUCCCCUUCUGAGCAUGUUCAAUAUCCAUGAAAACCUUUUAGAAGCCCUUCUGGAACUCCAAGCAUAUGCUGAUGUUCAGGCAGUCUUAGCAAAGUAUGAUGAUAUAAGUUUACCAAAGUCGGCCACAAUAUGCUACACAGCUGCCUUGCUCAAAGCAAGAGCUGUCUCUGACAAAUUCUCUCCCGAGGCUGCAUCUCGGCGGGGGCUGAGCACAGCAGAGAUGAAUGCGGUCGAGGCCAUUCAUAGAGCUGUGGAAUUCAAUCCUCACGUGCCAAAAUAUCUACUAGAAAUGAAAAGCUUAAUCCUACCCCCAGAACAUAUCCUGAAGAGAGGGGACAGUGAAGCAAUAGCAUAUGCAUUCUUUCACCUGGCACACUGGAAGCGGGUGGAAGGGGCUUUGAAUCUUUUGCAUUGUACGUGGGAAGGCACUUUCCGGAUGAUCCCGUAUCCCUUGGAAAAGGGUCAUCUUUUUUAUCCUUACCCAAUCUGCACAGAAACAGCAGACCGAGAGCUGCUUCCCUCUUUCCACGAGGUCUCAGUUUACCCAAAGAAGGAGCUUCCCUUCUUUAUUCUCUUUACUGCUGGACUGUGUUCCUUCACAGCGAUGCUGGCCCUCCUGACACACCAGUUCCCAGAACUUAUGGGGGUCUUCGCGAAAGCUAUGAUUGACAUUUUCUGCUCGGCAGAGUUCAGGGACUGGAAUUGCAAGAGUAUUUUCAUGCGUGUUGAAGAUGAACUGGAAAUCCCACCGGCAUCUCAAUCUCAACAUUUCCCAAACUGAACUCAUCACCCUUCUUCCCCCACCACCAAAAUCACUCCUCCUGUAUGCCCGACCUCUGACAGUGGCACUGCCUGACAUCCCCCCAGUUACCCAGCCAGUAACUCAGCUGCCUUCCCCCCUCUUCCCUUCCACACCCCCUUAUCCUAGCUCUGAGCAUCUGUCUCUGGGAUCUAACCUCCUAAGCCUCUAGGCACUCAGUAAAUGUUGUUCUCCUCUUCUUCCACUCUCUCUCUCACGAUCUCUCUCUUAGUCCGUGUCUUUGUUCUUUCUUGCCUGAACUCCCAUAAGAGUUUUUCUUGGCCACCUUGCAUCCGGUUUUAUCCUCUGUUGAUCUUUCUAUCCUUCAUACUGACUCAAAUGUGAUCUUUCUAAAUUUUAGGUCUGAGCAUGUCACUUCCUUGCUUGGAUUUCUCCAUUGAUGUCCCCACCAACUUCAGAAUACUAUCCCAGUCCUUUAGCAUGCAAGGUCCUUAAAUAAUCUGGCCCUAGCUUGUCCCUUUAGCCUCGUCUCGCCCAAGUCUUUCGGAUUCUACUCUGAAUGGAUUGCUCACCAGUCCCAGAUGCACCAGACUCUUGGACACCUGUGUCGUUUUGCACCUCCUGUUUUUCUCUGCAUGGAAUGCCUCUUCCCAUCACACCUCUUACUUGCUCACUCUACUAAUGCCUCUUCAUUCUCUUAUACUCAACUCUCUUUCUCAAUUUCCCCUGAGUUGAGUUAGACGUCUCUGCCCCAUAGGCCCACUGUAUUCCAUGAAUACCUAUAUUCCAUUUACUGUACUGUAUGAUAAUUGUUGGAAACUUGCCUGUGCCCUUUUAGACUGUAAGCUCUUUGAGAGCAGGACUGUGUCCUCCUCAUAUCUGUACCCCCAAGGCUUUGCACGUGC